AACCGGUGGUUCAUCUCUAAUAUUACGCUUUUUUAUGAGUUUGUUGAUAUUUUUGUGGUAAACAAUGGCUAGCGAAGACUUAUUUGAGCAUGAAUUCUCUGAAGAACAGGACUUGCAACAUCAGCAGGCUAUGGAAACAGAGGAGGCGGAACCGCCGGAAACCGAAGAACCCUCAGAAGUUAUAGAGGAAACACCAGAAAAUCCUCCUGAGGAACCGACGACAGAACCCGUUGCCGAAAAACCAUUAACGAAUGGCACCAAACCUUCUACUGAUCACGAGGCCAAGAUGACACAACUGCCUUUGGCGAGAAUACGAAACAUAAUGAAGUUGGAUCCGGAUCUGCACAUGGCCAACAAUGAGGCCGUGUUUAUGGUGGCCAAAGCCGUGGAGUUGUUCAUCGCCUCAUUGUCCCGGGAAUCGUACACCUACACGGCCCAAUCCAAGAAAAAGACCGUCCAAAAGAGAGACGUAGAAAUGGCGAUAUCAGCUGUUGACAGUUUGAUGUUUCUAGAUGGAGCCAUGAACUUUUGAACUCGCUGUAGGAAAACCCAAAUUAAAUAACCCACAAAUCAAA